CUGAGGUGUACGCCAACGACCCCGCGCAACCCCGAAGUAUGCCGAAAUUCAGGCCAGGAAGCACAAGGCCGAGGGCCACUAAAUUUUUGCGACGCCGCAGAGGUUUGUCUUUAAGUGUUUCUCUGUCCUUGAAUACAUCUUGUCCGUUUCGCUGCAGAGGGGGUUUUAGUUUUUUCUUGGUUGAACACCAUAGUCAGCGAACAAUAGCCACUGAGGGUAUAGCAUUUAGUGUGCACGGGGGACGCUGUAUAUAGACUAUCCUUUUUUUCUUUCUCUCUAACAGCUCUCGUUUGUACAGUGUUUUUGUGACUAAAUGACACCAGAGGAGGAACGGCAAAUAAAGGCAGCCAAGCGCAAGAGCCAGCUGAUCGUCCCACCGCUAAACUUUGCAAUGAUCGCACCGGGAGUGUACCGAUCGGGGUUCCCGAAUCCCAAAUCGCAGCCGUUCCUGCUGCAGCUGGGGCUGCGCACGAUCAUCUACAUAUACGAUGGCGAAUGCAAAGACUACCACCAAAAAUUCAUCAGCGACAACGACAUCAAAUUCAGGCACUUUUGCGUGACAGCAAACAAGGAGCCGUUCGAGGAAAUGGACCACGCAAUGGUGAGCGAGAUCCUGGCAGUUAUUCUGGACACGCGUAACCACCCGUUGCUGAUUCACUGCAACCGCGGGAUCCGCCGAGUCGGGUGUGUUGUUGGGUGCGUGCGCAAGUUGCAGGGGUGGGCGAUGACGGCGAUCUUUGACGAGUACCAGCGGUUCUCGGGUACCAAGAUCCGGAUUUCAGAUCAGGAGUUCAUUGAAGUGUUCCAGACACCGGUGCACGUCGACCCGCAGUACAGACCACAGUGGCUGCUCAUAUAGAGGAAAGCAAAAAAGAGGGAGUAAUAAAAAAACAUACAAGACA